UCCUCCUCGAUUCUCAAAAAUUUAAGUAGGCUCUGCUGAUAUUAAGCAAGGCAGGCAACGUUGGCUCCAACGACCGGUGGAGGAGCAACCUGCGGCGGUGGAGCAGAAGGCGGUGGAGCGGACCCCGCCGAAAUUCAACAACGUUGGUUCCAAAGGCCGGUGAAGGAGCAACUUGUGUUGGUAGAGCAGGAGGGGGAGAUGCUGAGAUUUAUACAUAGAAACACUAAUAGAAGGAAAUAAGCUGACCUGCGUGGAUGUGAUUUUCAGAUAGCAACAACAACAGCGAAACAAACACAAAAUCACAUUUAAAUUACGUAUACGCCGCGUAGCCGUAAACCCAAAAUCACAGACAUCAUGGCAGCCGCAACAACAGCGAACAAAUCACCACAACAACAACAACAGCAACAUCGGCAACAACAACAACAACUACAACUAGAUAGCAGUCAGCAGCAUCUUCAUCUGGCUGCCAGCAACGGCAGCAACUACGCCGCCUCCUCCAGCAACAUCUUUGCCUCCUGCAUGUCCAUCGCUUUUGUUGUCGUGUUCGCUGUGCUGCUGGCAGGAAACUGUGUCAAUGGGCAAAUUGAUGGCUACAUAGCUGGCGAGGAUUAUCCAAUCUACGAUGCGGUGCCCAAGGGCCUGUCAUUCAACUGCCAAGGACGUCAGCCGGGCUACUAUGCGGAUACCGAGACCAGGUGCCAGGUCUGGCAUUGGUGUUUGCACUCUGGACAUCAGUACUCCUUUCUCUGUCCCAAUGGAACCGUCUUUAAUCAGGCCGUACGCGUCUGCGAUUGGUGGUCAAACGUCAACUGCGCCGGCUCCGAGCAGCUGUAUCAGAACAACGAUGAGCUGUAUCGCAUACCAGAGCGCAGCCAGCAGCUGCAGCAGCAGGAUGAGGUAUGAUAUAAGGCUGAUGAUGAGUAUAAGAUUGGGACAGCACACACAACGGCGCCGGCAGCGGAGGCAGUGAAUCGGCAACGAGGCGGCAGACAGCGACAGUUUCUGGCACAAAACAAAAGCAACAUCAACAGCAGCAGCAGCAGCAGCAGCAACAUAGAUAAAAGCAAGCACAUCAACAACAACAACAGAAUCGUAGAUAGCACCGCACCAACCAAUUACAAUAAAAUGACCAAAAAUAGUUUUAGAGGCAGCAUGAGAUACACAAACAAUCAAUCUCAAUCGUCAUACUCAUCAUCACAGCAGCAACAGCAACAGCAACAGCAGCAGCAACAGCAACAAUAUAAUUCUAGUAAAAAUAGCGAAUAUCAAAGUAGACACAAUAGUAGCAGUAGCCGUAAGCAGAGCAAUAGAAAUAAAAGUAAACAAUUUAGGAUAGGCAACACGUCCUCUAGGCAUAGCAAUCGCACCUCAAGCACCCAACCCAGCGGCAACAGCAGCAGCAGCAACAACUACAACAGCAAGCAACGCGGCGCAAUGCGCUAUAAUUUGAAUAAAUUUGAAAACGACGAAGAGCUCAAGGAUUAUAAAAGUAAAAUCAAAAAUAAAUACAACAUCGAUUAUGAUCAUUCUUUGGAUGAAGAAUAUGAAAUAAUUGAGGCCAUUGAGUGAGUCCGCAGAGACGUUAGAAAUUCAAAAAAUCUUAAACCAAUUAAGAGCAUCUCUCAAAAGCUUUGUAGUUGUUGUUGUUGUUGUCAAGUGAAUGUGCUGAAAAUUGGCGCUACUUGGUUUAAUCCUCCACACAGUUGGCAACUUUCCCAAAUUCACUUUUGUAUAUAUAUUAUUUCUUGCACAUUUCAUUUUUUAAAUCGUAUGU